CCACCACACACUUACAGGAUCGGAGCUCACACGAGUGGCGCGCAGCUACCUCAAGCGAAACCCGGCCCCCUGUGCAAUUGCGCGUCGUCGUCGUCUCACCAGCGCAAACGCGACGACGAUGGUGUUCGGCGAGCGCGCCGCGGGCGGCCCGGGCGCCGACGCGGCGGGCACGAUGCGGUUCGCGCGGCACGUGGUGCGCGGGCGGUGGUUCAUGUUCUUCGCGUCCAUCCUGAUCAUGGCAGCGGCCGGCGGCACCUACAUCUUCGGCAUCUACUCCAAGGCCGUCAAGACGUCGCUCGGGUACGACCAGCAGACGCUCAACACGCUGAGCUUCUUCAAGGACGUGGGCGCCAACGUCGGCAUCCUCCCGGGCCUCAUCAACGAGGUCACCCCGCCGUGGGUGGUGCUGGCCUGCGGCGCCGGCAUGAACCUGGCUGGCUACCUCAUGAUCUACCUCGCCGUCUCGGGGCGCACGGCGCGGCCGCCCGUGUGGCUCAUGUGCGUGUACAUCGCCGUCGGCGCCAACUCGCAGUCGUUCGCCAACACCGGCGCGCUCGUCACCGCCGUCAAGAACUUCCCCGAGGACCGCGGCGUCGUGCUCGGCCUGCUCAAGGGCUUCGUCGGCCUCAGCGGCGCCAUCUUCACCCAGAUCUACCGCGCCGUCUACGGCACCGACAACGACGGCGCGGAGCUGGUGCUGCUCAUGGCGUGGCUCCCCGCCGCCAUCUCGCUGCUCUUCAUCCCCACCAUCCGCAUCAUGCCGCGGCCGAUCGCCGCGGCCGGGCGGGCGAGCGGGGAGCGCAGGGCCUUCUUCCUCUUCCUCUACGCCUCCAUCGUGCUCGCCGUCUACCUCCUCGUCAUGAACGUGGUGGAGCUGGAGGUGACCCGCUUCCCCAAGCCGGCCUACUACGUCACGGUCGCCGUGCUCCUCCUCCUCAUCUUCUUCCCGAUCGUCAUCGUGGUCAAGCAAGAGCUCAAGACCUACCUGCUUCAGCCGGCGCCGGCGCCAGCUGCAGCCAUCGUGACGAUCACCGUCGAGGACGAGAAGACACGCGAGGCGGCGCCUGCAGCUGAUCAGGAUCAGGCCGCCGCCGACAGAGACAGCUCGUCGCCUUCGUGCUUCCAGGACGUGUUCCGGCCGCCGGCGCGGGGCCAGGACUACACCAUCCUGCAGGCCCUGUUCAGCGUGGACAUGCUGGUCCUGUUCGUGGCCACCAUCUGCGGCAUCGGCGGCACGCUGACGGCGGUGGACAACAUGGGCCAGAUCGGGCAGUCGCUGGGCUACCCGCAGCGCUCCGUCACCACCUUCGUCUCCCUGGUGAGCAUCUGGAACUACGCCGGCCGCGUGGUCUCCGGCUUCGCCUCCGAGUACGUCCUCGCCCGCUACAAAGUGCCCCGCCCGCUGGCGCUCACCGCCGUGCUCCUCCUCGCCUGCGUCGGCCACGCGCUCAUCGCCUUUGGCGUGAGCCACGGGCUCUACGCGGCGUCCGUGAUCCUGGGCUUCUGCUUCGGCGCGCAGUGGCCGCUGCUGUUCGCCAUCAUCUCCGAGGUGUUCGGGCUCAAGUACUACUCGACGCUCUACAACUUCGGCGCCGUGGCGAGCCCCGUGGGGUCCUACGUGCUCAACGUGCGGAUCGCCGGCCGGAUGUACGACCGGGAGGCGCUCCGGCAGGGCGGGCGCAGGGGGCGGGACCUCACCUGCGCCGGGGUGCGCUGCUUCAGGGAGUCGUUCCUCAUCAUCACCGGCGUCACGCUGCUGGGCGCGCUCGUGUCGCUGCUGCUGGCGUGGAGGACCAGGGAGUUUUACCGCGGGGACCUGUACGGCCGCUUCAGGGAGGUCGGCAUGGCCGCUGCCGGAGGAGGAGAGGAUAAGAAGGUCGCCGGCGGCGGUGUCAGUAGUGACACGGACGCCAAGCAGGACACUAGUAGCAGUAGCGAGAGCAGCAAUGGCAACACCAAGGUUUGAAAGAAUGAAUUGCUAAUGAUCGAGGUGAAGAAAGAUUAAUUGCUCCUUGAGCAAAUUAAAUGUACCACCACAGAGUCCAUUCUCCAUUGGUGUACCGUGUCAGGUUCCAUUGA